AUGGAGGUGAGAGUUGCAGAUAUAAUAGAUAAAGCUCCUUACUUAUCAAUUGUAUCAGAUGGCUGGAGCAACAUUAGAAACGAGAGUAUUAUUAAUUUUAUGGUGAUGACGCCUGUUCCAGUGUUCUACAAAUUUCUAAAUACUGAGGAAAAUCGCCAUACGGCAGAUUAUAUUGCCCAGGAAUUUAAAAAUGUAAUUCAUGAAUUGAAUCCGGUAAAAGUAUAUUCUUUAGUUACUGAUAAUGCCGCUAACAUGAAAGCAGCCUGGAGAAUUCUAAAAUCUGAAUCUAUUUAUAAUCAUAUACAAUGUUAUGGUUGUGCAGCGCAUACAUUGCAGUUAUUCUUUCACGAUUUUGAACGAUUGGACGCCUUCAGUGACCAUAUUUCAAUAAUUAAAAAAAUUGUUAAAUUAUUCAAGAAUAAACACAUACCAGCUGCAGUAUUUUCCCGUAAUAAGAAUCUUCAUGGCAUACCAUCUACAUUAAGUACAAUUAGCCAAACAAGAUGGGCAUCGUCAAUAAAAUGUAUGGAGCAAAUUCAAAUAUGCAAGAAAGCUCUAAAAGCAUCAGUUGUUGAAGAAGCUGUUUGUGAUAAUUGUUCCAUAGAAAUUACCAAUAAUAUAUUAAACGAAGAAUUUUGGACGAAAAAUUUAAAAUUUUUAGCUAUACUCCAACCUUUAGCUACCUCAUUGUUGAAAGUGCAAGGGGAUAAAUGUACUUUGGCCCAAGUAAAAAACGAGAUGCUUAAUUUGGAAAAACACAUAAUACAAUCAUGCCAUGAUUCUAUAUUUUCUCCAUCUCAAGAAAAAAAAAUUAAGGUUAUGUUUGAAAAGAGAAAAACUGAUAUAAAUACAUGUGCUCACAAUGCUGCUUAUUUAUUGGACCCCCAAUAUCAAAGGGAGCAUCUUACUAAUACUGAAUUUGAUGAAGCAUGUAAUAUAAUACAAGAAUUGGGUAUUUUACAAGGUGGUGAUAAUCAAAAUAUUUUUAGUAAUAUAGUAAAUUUCAGAAGCAAAAGCGGUAUAUUUAAUAGCCAUAAUAUGUGGAAAGUUGUAACUUCCAUAAGAAACAAUCAAAUUUCGGCCUCAAGUUGGUGGAAUGCAUUUUGCCCACCUUGCCCAUUAAGAGAAGUCGCUAAUAUUUUACUAACAUUUCCUAGUUCGACUUCUUCUUCUGAAAGAAAUUGGUCGGUUUGGGGCAAUAUUCACACGAAAAACAGAAAUAGAUUAAAGGCUUCUACAGCAGGAAAAUUAGUAAGAGUGUAUCAUAAUUUAAGAUUGAUUAAAAAUAUUAAAGAAAAUAAUGAUAUUGAAUAUGAAUCGGAACAAGACUCUGCCACGGAGGGUGAAACAUUGACUAUAGAAUGA